AUGACGGUCGAGAAGUAUGUCGACUUCAGUGGUCCCGAUGACCCUCUCAACCCUCUCAAUUGGCCGAUGAAGAAGAGAGUAUACAUCGCGGCCAUACUGGGUCUCAGCACGAUGGUUGUGGCCUUCGCCAGCAGUAUCUACUCUGCCGCCAUGCCCCAGUUGAUGAUGAUAUAUGGCAUCAACAGGGAGGUAGCCACGCUCGGCAUAUCCCUCUACGUUUUUGGCUUCGCAUUCGGCCCGUUACUCUUCGGCCCCUUUUCGGAAAUGAAGGGCAGAUACUUGCCCCUCGUCAUCGCCAUGUUCGGCUUCACGGUUUUCUCGUUCGCAACCGCCGUCUCGAAAGACCUUCAGUCCUUGCUCAUCCUUCGAUACUUCACCGGCUUCUUCGGCUCGGGCCCUCUCACCCUGGCCAGCGCCGCGUUUGCCGAUAUAUUUGCGCCGCAGCAGCGAGGCAUCGCCAUAGUGAUGUUCAGCUUGAUGGUGUUCAUUGGUCCUCUCGUCGCCCCCUUCGUGGGAGGCUUCACGGUGAUGAACCAUUCGCUGGGCUGGCGCUGGACGGCAUAUAUCCCAGGUAUCCUGGGCGGUGCGGUCCUCCUGCUCCUCGUCGUAUUCCUGGAGGAGACAUACCAGCCUGUCAUCCUGGUUCAAAAGGCCGACCGUUUGCGCCGCGAGACGGGCGACUGGUCCCUCCACGCCAAGCACGAAGAAUUGCGCCUUGACCCCAAGACCAUCCUGACCGAAUACCUGGCCUUGCCGCUGAAGAUGCUGGUCUUCGACCCCAUCGUUCUGUGCAUGUGCGUCUUCGCGUCCUUCGUGUACGGCCUGCUCUACCUCUUCCUCACCGCAUACCCGAUCAUCUUCCAGCGCAUCCACGGGAUGAACCCCGGAGUGGGCGGCCUCCCAUACUUGGGAGUCAUCGUCGGGCAGCUGCUGGGCGCCGUCGCGAUCGCAGCAACUCAACCGUGGAUCCUGCGCCGGCUGGAGGAGACCGGCGGCGUGAUGAUGCCCGAGUGGCGUCUUCCUAUCGCGAUCCCCGGUGCUGUCGCUUUCUCUGCUGGGUUGUUCUGGCUGGGAUGGUCGGGGUACAAGCAGAGCAUCCACUGGAUUGUACCGACCCUGUCGGGACUGCUGACCGGAUUUGGGCUGUUGACUAUGUUCCUGCCCUCACUGGCCUAUUUGGUCGAAGCACGCCCACAGAAGGCGGCGUCGGCGGUUGCUGCACAUACAUUUAUGCGCUCGGUGGCGGGAGGCGUGUUCCCCCUGUUUGCGACAUACAUGUUCGAUGGACUCGGCGUGGAAUGGGCCUGCACGCUGCUAGGCUGUGUGGGAGCAUUGCUGAUUCCCAUCCCCUUGCUGCUGUACAUCUACGGCGCGCGGAUCCGCAAUAUGAACAAGCUGGCUGCUUGA